AAACGCAGCAGACCGAGAAAGCUUACACUAAUCUUGUGUUUACUUUAAGGAGAGAGAGAGAGAGAGAGAGAGAGAUGCUCAUCAAAUUUAAGAAGAGAUUGUGUAACUUCUUUUACUGAUUUAAAACUCAUCUGUCUAAAUAAAUUUGGUUUAAAAUGGAAACUGAUAACUAAAACUGAUUACAGGAUACUAAUCUUUUUUUUCUUUAGCAAUUCUUGACCACCUGUAUGCUCUUUAUGCAGGUAUAUGAGAUCAUGAUACAUGAUCUAAUCUUCCAAAAUGAUUGAGAAUGAAACAUCUCUUAGAUACUGUGCACUUUUUCUUUUCUCCCACUGCUUUAGAUCAAAGUUGCACCCUCUGUGAGACCAGUCAAAACCCUAUGAAUUAUUAACAGAAGUAUUUGUUGCAUCAUCAAAAUACUCAAACACAUAACUCUAAUGGCUUCUCUCAUGUGUUUAUUCUCUUCAUUGCACUCUUGAAAUCCUUUUGCUACUUGUUUAAUGACAUGACAAGAGAAUUUUAGGGAUGCUUUACACUUUAGAAACUUUUCCCUUGGAAUUUGAGUUGUAGGGCAUAGACUUAACACUUUUUCAUUUGCAAAAUCAACUUUAGGUGCCAAUUUAACCUCCAACACAAGAAAAGCACAAUCCAACAUCCAUCUACACUUAAUCCACUACUUUGGAGGUAUGAGUAUAAAAAUGAAAUCAUUUUUCCCUUAAUUAAUCUACUUUCAUGCAUAUGUUAAUUUCAGAACUAGGAACAUUUGAAAAAUAAGGAAAACUACAAUGAGAAAAAUGCGAAUUUCCUCUAACCAUCUAUUCUGUUAAAAUGUAGUAAUGUUAGGACCUCAAGGUAAAAUGACACCAAUUUUUUUUUUAUUCUAAUCAGCAAACAUAUUAGGGAAGACAAUGGGUUUGAAUUUCAUAUCCUCCAUUUUCAUUAUCAUUUAUUAUAUUCAUUCUCAUACUACUCAGACCCUAAUCAAAUAUCAUAUUAUCAUAUAUUUUUUCCAAAUUUAAAUUAUUUGCACAAUGUUAUUGGAUAUUUAGUAAAUUCUUAAGAAAACAGUAAGAAAAAAAAUUAAAGAAACAUCAUAUAAAAAAUAAUAAAAUAUCAUAAGCUCUAUACUAAUAAUUUAAUAUAAUUUAAUAAGUUAUUCAGGUCGAGUAUGAAUAGAAUUUUAUCAUAUCAGUCUUCAUGCUCGAAUCUAAAAAUCCUCAUGUUCGAUUAUUUAAUCAGGUAAAAAAAUCCUUAUAUACUUUCCUCCAUUCGAAUUGGAAUAUAUCAUAUUCGGAGGAAAUUAUCAUCCAAAACAAAUUAUAGGGAACAAAAUAAAAAAUUUCUCCUUAAAUUAUGAAAGCACAACUUAAACCACAACUUAAGCCACGACCUCUCUCCCCCGUCAAGUCUAUAUACACGGAGAAGAAGCAGGGGAGUGGCAGCCAUGAGAACGGGCGGUUCCAUUCUACGGCACGGCCUCACGGUGGCGGCCGCCGCGGUGGUCGGACAGGCAGUUGCGCUCGCCAGGCGGCGGGGCCACGCCCAGGUGACGCCACUCCACGUCGCCUCCACCAUGCUCACCUCCGGCGGCUCCUUCCGCGUCGCCUGCCUCCUGUCCCACCACUCGCACCCCCUCCGCUGCAACGCCCUCGACCUCUGCCUCAACGUCGCCCUCAACCGCCUCCCCGCCGCCUACUCCUCCCACCACCGCCCCCUCCCCUCCCUCUCCAACUCCCUCGUCGCCGCCUUCAAACGCGCCCAAGCCCACCACCGCCGCGGCGUCGCCACCGACACCUCCUCCUCCUCCUCCUCCACUCCGCCGCCGCCGCCCCUCCUCCCCGUCAAGAUCGAGCUCGACCACCUCGCCGUCUCCAUCCUCGACGACCCCAGCGUCAGCCGCGUCAUGCGCGAGGCCGGCUUCUGCAGCGCCCAGGUCAAGCUCAACCUCGAGCAAUCGAGCAUCGAAUCCAGACCAAAUCCACCGCCCAAAUCGAACCUCAGCGACGAAAUCAGAGUCAUGGAAGCUCUAACAAGCAAGCAAAGGAAGAACCUUGUCCUAGUCGGAGAGUCCCUCGACGCCAUUGACGCCGUCGCCAGAGCUGUGAUUCACAGAGUACAAGCCACCGGAAACAACGACGUGCCAGAGCCUCUCAAGAACGCUCAGAUCAUCACGCUCCCACCACUCGUCUCCUUCAAGAACACGCCAAGAUCAAAUUUUGAUGAGAAAAUCGCCGAUCUGAGACGCAACAUCUUCAGAGAUUCCACCCACGGAACAAUGCUCGUCCUCUAUCUGGGCGACCUCCAAUCCAUUGCUGAAAACAGAGCCAUUAAUGGAGAUGCAGUGGAGCAACUGAUCAUGGAGAUUAGAAGCUUCAUCUCUAACAGAGUUUGUCUCAUGGCGAUCGCAACAUAUAAAGCUUACAUGAGCUGCAAAGUCGAGUUCCCUUCUCUCGAAGCUCGUCUUCGUCUUCAACCUCUCACCAUUCCUGCCAUCAGCUUCGAACUAAGUCUCAAUUUCAAUUGUGUUUCAGAUUUCAGUUGUGAAGCAGAAGCUCUACCUUCUUCUUCUUGGCACCAACAUUACAGAUUCGGUUCAUCUUCUCCGUGCGAUGAAGAUUCAUUGUCGUCGAUCUCAUCCUUCGAUCAGCUUCCCCUGAGCUUGGGCCUGAACCAACGACAUUGGCAGUUGCCAACCGUUUCAGCCUUCGAUAAGUCAUCGAACCCGAACUCGUGCACCUCAAGCAGCACCAUGGAAGUAGAGUACAUUCCCAAGUUUCGGGAGCUUAAUGCGGAGAAUUUGAAGAUACUUUGUGAUGCGUUGGAGAAGGAUUUCCCGUCGCGACAAGAAACCGUCACGGAGAUAGCUACCGCCGUUCUUCAAAGCAGAUCCGGGAUGAUCAAAAGAAAAUGGAAGUCAUCCACAUGGUUGUUCUUUGAAGGUGAAGAUACUGAAAGUAAAAGAAGAAUAGCUAGAGAACUUGCAAGCCUAGUAUUUGGUUCUCAAAGUAACCUCAUCUCAAUUAGCCUCGACAAAUCUAGACUAUUCGACGUCGGCUAUGAUCAUUAUCCUUGCAAGAAAAGGUCGAGAAUUGAGCCGAGUGAUAGUUGUCUCGAGAGAUUAUUUCAAGCUCUCAACGAAGAUCCCCACCGUGUUAUCUUGAUCGAAGAUAUCAACCAACUAGACCACCAAACCCGAGUUGGUUUCAAGAAUGCAAUGGAGGGAGGGAAAGUGAGGAGCUAUAACGGUGCUGAAGCGAGUCUAAGUGAUGCAAUUAUCAUUCUAACGAACUGUUCUUCGACUAAACCAAACACUUGGGAGAUCAAUGAGCGCGAGAAGGAAGUAAACGUCCAUCUUUCAUUGGAUUUGAAUCUUUCAACAACUGUGUGUGAUGAUGAUGUGAAAGAUAAUGGUUCCUUUGACGCAGUUGGACUUCUUGAGUUGGCGGAUGGGAUGUUCUUCUUUGAGUUUCUUCAUCAAGACCCGUAAUGAAUGUGGUAGAGAGGCAAGGAUUUUUUUUCCCCCUUUGUUUUUUUUCCAAGUUUAACUUCUUCAUUGAAUCCUUCGGCAAGAUUUAGUAACUAGAUGUUGGUGCUUGAUGCGAGGAAACACUUGUAAAUCAGCUUAGUGUUGGCUUUACUAGCGAGUGGUGUAAGGAUCAAGCUCGCCGA